AGAAGGGCCUAGAAGCUGCCACUUGAUUCUUCGCCACCAGAUUUUGCAUCAAAUGCUUCAUUUCCGUUGCCCUGUGAAUGCGCGUGACAGAAUGUCUAAGAUGUUUUGGAAAUAGAUGCGAUUAUUGCGAUUUCAUAGGCCAAGUGCAGGUUAAUCGCCCUUGUCAAAUAUGCAAGGGAUCCGGAUCUCUUAUUACGACAGCGAAGGACGAGUUCAUUUACGAGGAGGCCUGUUGAUGCCUUGAUGAGAACUUGGCGACGAGUCAACGGGCUUGAGCUGGUACCUCAUUGCACGUCUUGUCCAAUUUAUGGAAUAAACGUGUGCCAUGAAGUGCUUGUAUCGUCG